GGGACGUAUAAGGAGACUACGCGAAACAUUCGUAAAAGUUUUGACUGUAUGUUUCCUGGUACACUGGAGGAGGCACAGGCUGCCAAGGCUGAAAUGACCGCCAAAAUAACUCAAGUGAAGGAGUUGAUGGGCAGCGUUCAAGAUACGACUACGACCGAGAUGAUGAGGUCUCUGCUCGACUGCUACCUGUGGACGCACGGCCGGAACACUUCGUCAUCCUCAUCCCCAUCCCCGCACUGCGACUACCAGCGCUGCGAGGACGACAGGCGGGAGCAGCAGCUUUUCAUCACCGCGCAAGACUCCCUGAAACACCUCCUACAGACAGCCCGCCACCACUCAAGCCGCUGCAAAGAGGACCUCCGGAUAGACAGCCUGCUUCUCCGGGGACACACGGGGAUUGUCAAGCUCAGAUGCCGCCGGGGCUGUUCACACCAAUGGACUUCAUCGCCGCAUAUCGGUCAACCUUUUUUGGUGAACCUGAGGUGAGCAAAUAUUUUGAAAAUUUAUUUUCAUGGAAGGUCUUCGUAAUAUAUUAUAAGGGUGCGUCCAGUUGGGUUUGUCCAUUUCUAAUGCGCUGUGUCUGUUCCAUUAUUUUUGGGAAGUAAAUGUUUACACAGACUUUACUACGAACGUCCCGUCCGUGUAUCUGCUUGGAGAUUUUCGUGGUGGGAUUUUACUUUACCAAGCAGAGGUUUGUUAUAUUUUUGGUGUGUUUUUAGGCUUUUUUUAUCGGGGUUUCUUUUUUGCACUGGAUUUUUUUUUCACCCAAACAAACCACCAAUGACAUCAUGUCCUUGUGUGUACGAAGUGCGGGGAGGGAGGGGGUAAUAAUAGUCAGGUUUGUCCCUUUCUCGAAUUCUCUGUUCCAUUGUUUGACCUCCAAGUGAUUUUUCAACACCUUUCUCUGGACAUUUUCCAUUGUCUGAUCUUCAAGUAAAUGUUUACAGACAUACUAUAAUUAAUAAAAAAUCCGGUCCCUGUAUCUGCUUGGAGAUUGUGCUGGCCGGAUUUUACUGUGUACGAAAUCUCUAAGCAGAUGUUAGGGGGUAUAGUUGGGUUUGUCCCUUGCUCUGCAUCUAGUCCAUUGUUUGAUCUUCAAGUGAAGACAUGUUUACCGGUCCCCGUAUCUGCUUGGAGAUUCUGUUGGUCGGAUUUCAUUGUGUAGGAAGCAGAUGUCUCCAAGCAGAUUGAGGCAUAGUUCUCGAGAAAAAAAAUAACACGCUACAUAGUCACAAUCUUGCCUCCAUAUCAUUUCAACAUUAUGAGAAAGUAAAUGAAAUAAAAUAUGGUUAUACUCUUUCACAACCAAAUCACAACCAAACUAAUAUAACUUUGCAUAAAUCAUUGUUUCACAACAUAUGCAGAAGGCUAGUUAUUUCCUGAUCUUUUUUUCUAAAUACAUGUACAUGUAUUUACAUGACACCUUUUUUCUCCCCAGGAUGGCACAUGCCUACAUGUCCAGCGGCAUUUUGCCAAACCAGUAUGAACGCAUAUGUACCAAUGGUGGAAUUGGCAUGAUAUCCGAAGAAAACCAGAAGAAAAGUAUGAUACUGUAUGGACAAGUCGUACGUGAGAAGAAGGAGGCUUCGAUGCUGAAUGCAAUGAAUGAGGAAUCAGAGCGGCGCAUCAGUGACAACAAACAGUUGCUGAACAUUGUCACUGAUGCGCGCCAUGCACAGCGCCGGAAUUCACAUAGAUCCGACAUCAUGGCAUUGGGCCAGAGCAAUCACCGUGUCCUGGCCCACAUGCCUGUAACAAAAGAAGAAGAGCGGUCGUCCCAGAAGCAUGAGUUCGUGGGGACUGGGAGGCUUUAUCAACAUUUUGACGGACUAGGCGUGCAGAUUGUUGAUCACGCGCACGACCGGAGUGCCGUGAUCAACAAACUAAUCCGGGAGAGGCCGCAGUACCCCGAUGGCAGCAAGACGAACAACUCAAAUGACACCUGGCACGCAACGAAGGCCAUCGCAAGGAAAUUCAAGAAAGUGUCCAGUGGAGCCAGGAGGAGCCAAGGAGUGACCUGGCACCCGCAGCUGGCAGAUAAAGGCGCACCAGUAAAAACCCACUUUUACUGGUGCAUGGCACGCUGCGGGGGCAGUGAGCAGGUGCUGAGGGACCUGCUCCUCAACAUCGUGGAGCACUAUCAAAACCAACAUGAGAACUGCCACCGAGAGUCGAGGUGUAGAACUGAUGCAAACUACCGCCCAAAACGGCUCAUCUUGACGGACCAGCGGGCGGUAGAGAUGCUCCGAACCUUCAUAACAAAACAAGAUGUCUACAAGAAUGCCAAGGACUACGUGCUGUGCAAGGAUACACUAUAUGUUGAGUCCUUCAACAAUAGCUGUCUACAGUACGUUGACAAGCGGAUUUUUUUCGGGGAUGUCAACUACAGUCUGCGAAUGGGACUCGCCGUGCUAGAUUGGAAUGAACACGUGGACAGACCAGCCACAUCGAGGUACCUCAGAUACACCGUGACCAAUCCCCGCCGUAACGAGGGCCAGAGGGUCCUCACUGCCAAGACCUACAGGUUCCUGCGUGACCUCCUGCUGACAUUCCUGGACAGGGUCCGGGCACUGGAGCGCCUGCCUCCCCUCCCCCCAAGGCGCAGGCAACGCCAGCAACAGCAGGAGCUUGAGGAUGGUGACCGAUACACGGACACCGACAGCGGGAGUGAUUACUCUGAAGAUGAACAGGAUGUGUAAAUCAGUAAUGUAGGUGCUGGUAUAAGUGCAGGAUUGCCUGCGUGCUUCUGUAUUAGUACAUUGUAAGUCAGAGAUCCCCUUGUAAAUGGUAUAAGUGCAGGAUUGCCUGCGUGCUUCUGUAUUAGUACAUUGUAAGUCAGAGAUCCCCCUGUAAAUGGUAUAAAUGCAGGAUUGCCUGCGUGCUUCUGUAUUAGUACAUUGUAAGUCAGAGAUCCCCUUGUAAAUGGUAUAAGUGCAGGAUUGCCUGCGUGCUUCUGUAUUAGUACAUUGUGAGUCAGAGAUCCCCUUGUAAAUGGUAUAAGUGCAGGAUUGCCUGCGUGCUUCUGUAUUAGUACAUUGUAAGUCAGAGAUCCCCCUGUAAAUGGUAUAAGUGCAGGAUUGCCUGCGUGCUUCUGUAUUAGUACAUUGUAAGUCAGAGAUCCCCUAAAUGUAAAUGGUAUAAGUGCAGGAUUGCCUGCGUGCUUCUGUAGUAGU